GGUGAAGGGGUCUAUGGGAUAGGUCCUGUAUUGGCUGCAUUAUCUGCUGAAAGAAGAGAAUUCUAUGCUUUGUAUGCUCAAGAAGGAUUAGAUUUGAGUGGUAACAAUAAGAAGAAGAAAGACAAAAAAGGGUUUGAUAGAAUCUUGAAGAUUGCUGCAAAGAUUGGGUUGACCAUAAAGGAGACCUCAAAACACGAUCUCAAUAUGGUUGUUAAUAACCGUCCUCAUCAAGGCCUGUUGCUGGAUGCUUCUCCGCUGGAGAUGGUAAAAAUAAAAGAGUUGGAUCCUAUUUCUUCUCGUGAAGAGAAGGGUUCUCUAUGGGUGGCUUUGGAUGAGGUCACAGAUCCUCAGAAUUUGGGCGCAAUCAUAAGAUCUGCUUACUUCUUUGGAGCUUCAGGGGUGGUCUUAUGCGCCAAGAAUUCAGCCCCAUUAAGUGGUGUUGUGAGCAAGGCAAGUGCAGGCUCACUUGAAUUAAUGGAGCUUAGAUAUUGCAAGAAUAUGAUGCAGUUUUUGGUGUCUUCAUCUGAAAAUGGUUGGCGAGUUCUUGGGGCCUCUGUUUCUUCAAAAGCCAUUCCCUUGAAUGAGGUUUCACCUGGUACCCCAACAAUCCUUGUAUUGGGUAGUGAGGGCACAGGGCUAAGGCCUUUAGUAGAGAGAUCAUGUACUCAAUUAGUUAGGAUUCCUGGAAUUAAUUCCAUGGAUGUAUUGGUUGGAAGGACUGAUGAUACGACCAACACAGAAGUAAAUUCUGGUUGUUUAAGGGAAGAAUUCCAAUCUUUUGUGGCUGUGGAAAGCUUGAAUGUCAGUGUUGCAGCCGGUGUGUUUCUUCACCACUUCAUAGGAAAUGGCGGUAAUAAUUCUGUUGUCUCAAACACGGGAUCAUAGUUGUACUUUUGUAAAAGGUUUAUUUGCAGGACACUUAUAAGGCCUUUCCUGAAAGCAAAUGUAGACUGGCAAUUUUGGUUGCCAUUUGAAUUUUACAUCCAGUGAAACCCAAAUUGCUUCACUAUAUUAAGAAUUCUUGGCCUUACUUUUGUCAUCUCCACUUGAAUUGUUUAUUAACUCCUCUAAUUCAUUGAUUAGCAAAUGGAAGAUA